AUGUCCAACCAUACCUCACUUUCGGAUGAUAUCGACAACACGGAAGACCAACCACCAGCGUAUACAACAUCACACCCACUACCUAUAUUAGCCACUGAAAAGUCGCUAGCAUAUGGGUCAACAUCAGCACAUACACAGGAAUCGUCAUCACGGUCAACACAGCCGCAACCCAUCAAAAAACCAAUAGCAAUUCCCGCUGUGGAUUCCUCUUUUGACGCUCCCUUCAUACGCACCUAUGCUCCGGUGUUGAAAGACUACAAACUGCCGCAAGAAGUCUUUCUCAGUUUUCUAGACCGAUUAAAUAAAGCAAUAUCAAGCAGUCCGCCGCUACAAGCGCUCGAUGUCACAGGCGGAAUAUUGAAUUCAGUUCCCAUACUCUUUCCCUUGCACUGGAUUGGAUCCGCUGUUAGCGGACUCGCCAAAUUGGGGAAUACGGGGGUAUCCAAGAGUCGCACGGACAGUUUACUCAAGGAUGCGAAUAGGGACAUAUUUGGCCCACGAGGUCUGAAGAGUGAAGUCGCCAGGUUGGAUGCUCUUGCGCAUAUAGCGAAAAUUCCUAUCCUUGAUUCGCGGGGGAAGGUCAGUCGUCAAGCACCGCUGUCACAACAACUAUCCGCAGUGGAACAGCGGCCAGGAAGUUUUGGUGGUGCUAAAAAGGAUGGGGAACUCAAUACAGCAAUCGAUGCACAGCAAAGACGGAUCCAGAUCUUGCAACCGUGGAUAGCGGACCUGGAAUUUGAUAUUCUACCCUGGACGUCGCAGUCUAAACUAACUCGGUUUAACGAGACGCUCAAGAAAUACAACAAUACGGAUAAUCGAGAGCCGAGGGGAAGGAGGAGACGUGCACAGGAUUCUAAUCCGGAUUUCAAGAAUGGAGAUGAGGCCCAGGACAAUGAAGAAGGUGGCGAUCCGUUCCGAAAAUCUCUGUGGCUUAUUAUUCACAGUAGCCACUUAAUUAUGUCCAUGGAUGUGCUUAAAACUUCCCUACUUACAUCCUCAAAUCGUCCACAGGUAUCAACCGCAAUCGGUCCAGCUACAAAUUUCGCACCUUUGUAG